ACGCGAACGCCGUCAAAAAAUCGAGUAUCGCUAAAUCAGAUGUUCAGAUAGCGAUUUUACGAAGAUGGCAAUGGAUCCGCUCCGUUUGACGUAUCUAGCAAAAUCUUAGAUUGUGUAUCAUGUAAAUUUUGGCGUACAGCCAUCACAAACUUAUACUGCGUAUAUCACAGUUGAGAGUUUACGGCUUUGAUCUUAUCGGUCUUGGAAUGAUAAGAUGUUUCGAAACUUGAAAUUAAUGUUCGACAAAAUUCGAUGCACGAAACCUUUCCAUUUAUGCAGACGAUAUGUGAUGAGGGAACCCUCUCAACCGUUAAAACGAUGCCCGAAAUGGGUUUGUGUGGAAGAUGCGGUGAAGAUUAUAAAUUCAGAGCAUCUAGUCUUCAUACAAGGCGGUGCGGCCACGCCGAUGGAACUCGUACGCGCCAUGACCGAGCACGGGGUGUGCAAUAAUCUGCGCGGCGUCAGGUUGUUGCACAUGUGCCUCGAGGGAGACGCGCCGUUUGCCAAUCCGGAAUUUGAGAAGCACUUUAGAUCCGUCAACUUGUACGUGGGCGCGAAUCUCAGGGAGGCGGUGAACGAAGGGCGGGCAGACUACAUCCCAUUGUUCCUGCAUGAAGCGCCGAGGUUGUUCUACGAAAAGAAGAUCACGCCGGACAUUGCGCUGAUCCACGUGAGCAUGCCGGACGUGCGUGGAUUCUGUUCGCUUGGCGUGACCGUGGGCUGCACCCGCGCUGCGAUUUGUGCCGCCAAAGUCCUUAUCGCGCAAGUGAACGAGCACAUGCCAAGAUCGUUUGGCGACACGGUGAUCCACUCGAGCCACUUCGACUGGGCGGUGAGGUACGAUUGUCCCUUGCCGAGCGUAGCUUGCACGCCGCCUAACGACCUUGAGCAGGAGAUCGGGAAGAUCAUCGCGCAGCGGCUGAUCGAGGAUGGCGCGACGUUGCAACUCGGCAUCGGUAACAUUCCGGACGCAGUGCUCUGCGCCUUGGUCAAUCACAAGGACCUUGGUAUCCACUCGGACGUCCUCUGCGACGCAAUGGUCGACCUCGUCGAGCGCGGCAACAUCACGAACAGGUGUAAGAUCAAGCACAGGGGACGCAUGAUCGGUUCCAUGGCUAUCGGCACGAAACGAUUGUACGAUUUCUUGCACAACAAUCCAUUUGUUGAGCUGCUAGCCAUGGAUUACGUGAACAAUCCGGGAGCGGUCUCGACGCAGCCGAAGAUGACGGCGAUCAACUCGUGCAUCGAAAUAGACCUUACCGGCCAGGUGUGCUCGGACAGCUUGGGCUGUAAAAUAUAUUCCGGUUUUGGCGGCCAGUUGGACUUCCUUCAGGGCGCGGCACAGAGCCAGGAUGGUCGUGGGAAAGCUAUCAUUGCGUUUCCCUCGGUCACCAGCAAAGGAGAGAGUAAAAUACAGCCGAUGCUUAAACUCGGAGCCGGCGUGGUUGUUACGAGAGCUCACGCGCAUUACAUAGUCACAGAGCACGGUGUAGCUCAACUUUUUGGUAAAACUUUAAGGCAAAGGGCGAACGCGCUAAUUCAAAUUGCGCAUCCCGAUCACAGGGAAUGCCUCGAAAAGGCCGCGUUCGAGCGCCUGAAAUCUACCCCAACGAAAUAUUUGUAAGCGCUUAUUUACGUAUAAAUAUGGACGAGAGUAAUUUUGUAGCAUAAAUGAGAAAGAUGUAAUUUAUAAUUUUGCAUACUAAUUUAAUAUGUUUAUUCGAGUUAAUGCCAUCGUGAAAAUUUUGUGAAAAGCGAUUUUUUACAAUAUAUUAAUUAUAUAUUAAUAAUAUAUUUUACAAUAUAUUAUUUUUACAAUAUA